AUGAUUUUCUUUCAGGCUGCAGGUCUUGUCUAUCGAUGGACGAACUUACAAAAGGUUAAUUUAGUACCGCUUGAGGUCGCUGAGAUAUUUGGUCGCGUGCUUGGACCUUUCCUACGUAGUGAAGCUCCCAAUGAUGCCUUGAAAUCUGUUGGUGCCACUUUAGAACUUCAAAGACAAGAGGCUCUUGAUAGGGAGGAACAGGCCUUAAUGGAUUUGAGACGUACACAAUUUGGCAACAUUCAAAACCUCAUUGAUAUGGGCUUUUCUGAGGAAAGGUCUCACCUGGCAUUGGCAGCUGCACGUGGGGAUAUUUACGAGGCGGUUAACCUUCUACAGGACCCAUCUUUUGAUUCGCAUUAA